CUCCUUUCCCCUCUCCCAACAUCCUCCGGGCUUCUGUCCACAGAGCCAGAGUGUGUUUGAAUCGCCUCUCCCUCUCUCCCCCUUCCUCCCCUUCCGCCGCGCACAGACUCGACCGCCUCGUCUCCGCUAACGGAGACCACAUCCACAACCUAUCAUGUCGACAACAACAGGAGCAUUCCUUGCCGGAGGUGUUGCCGCCUGUGGCGCUGUCACCGUCACGCACAGCUUCGAGACGGUGAAGAUUCGUCUACAGCUGCAAGGCGAACUGCAGGCCAAGGCCGAUUCGACCAAGAAGUACCGCGGUGUCUCCUACGGUGUGAAGGUGAUCCUGCAGAAUGAGGGCCCCCGGGGUCUCUUUCGGGGAAUUGGGUCGGCCUACAUCUACCAGGUUCUCCUCAACGGCUGUCGUCUAGGCUUCUACGAGCCUCUGCGCAAGGGCUUCACAACCGCAGUCUACCAAGACCCGCAAGUCCAGUCCCUGGGAAUCAACGUUUUCGCCGGUGCCGCAUCGGGUAUCAUCGGGGCCGCCGCUGGCUCGCCGUUCUUCCUCGUCAAGACUCGCCUCCAGUCCUUCUCGCCGUUCCUCCCGGUCGGCACGCAGCACAACUACAAGAACUCAUUCGAUGGCCUGCGCAAGAUCUACACGUCGGAGGGCGUCAACGGGUUAUACCGUGGAGUCGGCGCGGCCAUGGUACGAACCGGAUUCGGAAGUUCGGUUCAGCUGCCAACCUACUUCUUUGCGAAGCGUCGGUUGAGCAAGCACCUCGGCAUGGAGGAAGGCCCGGGCCUGCACCUGGCCAGCAGCACGGCCUCUGGCUUCGUGGUCUGCUGCGUGAUGCACCCGCCUGACACCAUCAUGUCGAGGAUGUACAACCAGACGGGCAACCUGUACAAGGGGGUGUUCGACUGCCUGUACAAGACGAUCAAGACGGAGGGUCUGUUGGCGAUCUACAAGGGCUACUUUGCCCACCUUGCCCGGAUCCUGCCUCACACGAUCUUGACCCUCAGCUUGGCGGAGCAGACCAACAAACUCAUGCGGCGGGUGGAGGACCGGUUCCUCUCCGACUCGAUGAAGGAUCGACUGUAGGUAGGUAUUUGACAUUAUAAUAGCGACUCGGCAUACCCUUGCAAUCAUGCGGCACAUAUAGAAACGUUUCGGGGUCUUCAUUUCGGGGCACGCCACGCCAGCUCGGGUGUGGUAUGUAUAUAGGGCGUUCAAUCUUGGUUCGCCACGUCGUAUUCCCUAGACUUUCAAUAGAUGAAUUGGC